AGAGCUCAAAAUUCCUCUGGCUAUGUCGAAUGCAGCUGACACACGGUAACUCGAGAGAAGGGGUUGAGGCGACACCGUGAGCAUAAUGGAUGAUGAUUCGUUGCUGUGGGCUCUGGCAGUGCUGCUGGCCCUGUUCUCCAGCCUGGACGUCUGGUACUUCCUGCGGGCGGCGGCCGUGCUGAUCAAGGCCUGGUGGCUGCCCCCGGUCUUCGACGUGACGGGCGAGCAGAUCGUGACGGGCCGCGUGCUGCCCCACGACAUGGACCUGUGCCACAUGAACAACGCCCGCUACCUGCGGGAGUGCGACUUCGCCCGUCUCUCCCUCUACGCGCGCAACGGCGUCCUCAAGACCCUGCGCUCCCAGGGCGGCAGCAUGGUCGUCGGGGCGACCACCAUCCGGCUCCGCCAGGCCCUGCGCGUGGGCAAGGCCUUCGAGAUCCGCAGCCGCAUCGUCUACUGGGACGACAAGGCCUUCUACCUGGAGCAGCGCUUCGUCUCCGGGAAGGACAGCAGGGUGUCGGCGGUCAUGUACUGCAAGCAGAACAUCCUUGGCAGCAGCCCGGACAAGAUACUGUACUUCCUGUGCCAGAGGAAGGUGGAGGUUCCAGAAGUCCCAGAGGAUCUGCAGCACUGGAUCAACUUCAUCUCUGCCAACAGCCUUGCACUGCGGGCCGAGAGCGGGCUGGAUGACAAGACCAAGUGAAAGUGUGAAGACACUGCACAAAUGGACAAUGACAAAGAGAGAAAGCAUGAAUCCUGGCAUUAUAUAUGCAUUGUUUACAGGCAUUAAAUAGGAUGCCAUUCUAUAGGUCAGUGGCUCUCAUGGGAACUGCUGCACCAUGUAGGCCUAGCCUACUACUACUGUGAGGGAAACAGACGCGGGCACUAGGAGGACCACAAUACAUGUUGUUACAUAGGAGUCCUUGCAAAAUGCAAAAUGCAUAGGCCUACAUAACACCCUCAAAAUGCCUCACUUUUGUGUGAUGGCAGGGGUUCAUUCAAAACCUUUCAAAAUCGGAGAUUGCCAAAUACUUUGUGCACAAAAGGUUGUUGAUGCCCAAUCUGUAUAAAUACAAAUAACAUAUCAUGUUGCUAUCACUGUCAGUGUUGAAAAUAUUGUGUAUUUUUCCAGAAUAAAGUGAAAGUGCGCCUCCCUA